AUGGGGAACCUGCAUCAGUCGCUCAUUGUUCAGGGCAGGACUGCAGUCGAGGACUGCAAGCGGGUCAAGGUGUGGGGAGCCAAGAUCGCCUACCUUGAGAACCUUCACGAGGCUUGUCGGUACGCUGAUGUCGGGCCCAACGACCCGUCCAAGAACAAGCAGCGCACGCUUAAGGAGCUCAAGAUCUCCCACACUCCUGUCGUCGAUCGCGCGCACAUCCCGCAGUUCUCGCGACAGGUCUACCUCGUUCAGCUGUCAAAGCCGCGCGGAAACUUCUCGGCACAGCUGCACAUCCUCGUUCAGCCUCAGGAUGAGGAGAGUGACCCUGACCUGUUCGUCUCCCGCUCGCACUCCGAACCCUCCGAGCGCAACUUCGACUGGCGGUCGCAGGGAGAUGGAGCAGACAAGAUCGAGAUCUCUUCCAAGGACCCCAACUUCGGGUACGGCAAGUACUUCAUCUCUGUCACCUCCCCCGCCGGCCCCUGCUCCUAUUGCCUCCAGGUGUGGAAGUCGGAGACCAAAGAGGAGAACGACGGAGCGAAGCUCAAGGCCAAGAGCGACGCGGUGCUGUGGAGUGCAGUGAGGUCUUACCUGGCUGAUCAGAAGAAAGAUCGCACACUCGCCGCUGCCUCCGAGCGCGCUGCCGCCAACCUCCGACUCUCAAAGUUCCACAACGUGAGCAAGGAAAGAAUCCUCAAGCAGCUCGAGGAAUCGGACUUUGAGGCGGACCCGCGACUGACUCUCGCUCACCCCAAGUCCGUGGGCGGUGGGAACUUCGGCAAGGUGGUAGCGAGUCUGCAGAGGAGCAUGGAGAACAAGCUGGUGAGGGAGGAGAGCGUGCUGGAAGACAAGCUUGCUGCUGGCGCCUGGACCCUCGACGAGACGAGCGAGAGAGAUAAAAUCUUCGAGAGCCACCGACAGUUCCUGCGAGAGGAGAUGAACUUCAGCUUGCUGGAGCGGAGGAGGAGAAUCUCGCACUCGCUCGUCAGCGAUGCUCCCGCUGCUCAUCCUUUCCACCACCUUGCUCUCAAUCGCAGCUCGAAAGAGGAGGACGAGCCUCGGCCGCAUACGACCAACCCCAGGAGGGGUUGGAGGAGUGACGAGCACGUUAGUGGAGCAAGCUUUGCCCUGAAAAGAAGAAAAUCCUCCCUUGGGAACAUUCAGCUCGCGAAGAUGUUGAGAGAGAACGUGGAGCAAAAAAUCAACUUCCUCUUCAACGAGUUUGACAGGGGAAGAGACCCUUCCAAUAAGAUGAGCUUGAAUCGAUUCCUCAAGAUUCUCUCGCAUGGUGACCUCUUGCCCUUUCGCCUCCGAAAGAAUCGAGCCAUGGAAAUUUUCCGUCAGGACCCUCACCAGAACGAGGAGUGCGAGGACGCAAGUGGAAGCGACGAGGACGAGCUCCUCAGCUCGUCCGGAUGUAUCAACCUUGCAGGAUUCAGGGUCUGCCUCUACCUUACUGCGCAGGCGUGCAACUCCACCGUCACCGAGCUUGUCGAAGCUUGCUCGACACCUUUGACUGCUCGACGCAGGUGA